AUGGCUUUCACUCCCAACUGGGCAGAGGUGCAGCCUGAGAAUAGAUGGCGAAUCCUCCGCGCACAGCCUAGGUUUGCUGCUUGGGCGCUCUUCUCCGCCUUGGGAGGAAUCAUGCUCGGAUACGAUUGGGGCGUCUCCAGCAAUGCAGCAACCCUCCCUUCUUUCCAACAGGAAUACGGGAGAGAAUUCGCUGGAUCUGACACAGGCUACAUCAUUCCCGCCAACUACCUGUCUGGUUGGUCUGCCGCCGCGAGCGGCGGAGACAUCAUCGGCAUCUUGAUCUCUGGUCAACUCAUCGAAUGGAUUGGAAGGAAACACUCGCUGCUGGUUGGGGCCGUCAUCACAGCCGCGGGAGUUGGAAUGCAGGUUGCAAGUACCGAAUGGGUGCUUUUCCUUUGCGGUCGCUUGGUCAACGGUGAGUCUCACUAUGGAGAAGACGGGGGGGUUUUGCUGACAGUUGCAUCAUCACAGCAAUCGGGUUCGGAAUUGUCUAUAUCCUGUCUCCCGUCUGGAUCGGCGAGACGGUACGCCCCGAAUUGCGCGGCUUCUACCUAUUUUGCGUUUGUCGUGCCUCUCCUUUUUCUAUAUCCGUGGUUUCCCGAAUCUCCUUACUAUCUCUUGAAGAGAGGACGAACCGAGCGUGCCAGACAGUCCUUGAUCCGAAUCCACGGCCACGGCGACCAGGCAUUGAUCGACGCAGAGAUGGAUAGGAUCGCAAAGGAUGCUGCUUUCAGUGGAAGCCUCCAGGCUGCCGCCGCUCAGAGCGGGCUGACUCUUGUCCAGUGCUUCAGGUCAACCAAUCUAAGACGUACUCUCAUCGCAAACCUCCCCGCAGUCGAACAGCAAUGUGUGGGCUCUACAUUUGUUCUCGGGUUCAUCACCUAUUUCAUGUCCCUUGUCGGAAUUAAAGACUACUUCACCGUCACCGUUGCCCUGACAAGCGUGAUGCUUGCGUCUAGUGCGGCCGCCUUCCCACUGAUCGAGGCUGUUGGACGGAGAAAACUCAUGAUUCCUGGGACAUACUCCUUGACUGCCGCGCUUCUGGUCAUGGGAAUCACUGGCUGCUUCAACACAAGAGCUGCCGUGUGGGUGUUUUUGGUAUCGGUUUUUAUCUGGGCUGUAGUUUACCAAUGCACGCUCGGCGCCAUCGGAUUCGCCUUUGGUGCAGAAGUCCCGUCUCUGCCACUACGAUCCUCGACGGUAUCUCUUAUGGGCUUUACCCAAAUGGCUGGUGUAUGGAUCGUGUCUCUUGUUCUUCCUUACCUUAUUAACCCUGAUGCCGCCAAUUUGGGCGCCAAGAUUGGAUUCAUCUUUUUUGGUCUUAGCAUCCCGCCCUGUGUCCUUAUGUGGUUCUAUAUUCCCGAAACGAAAGGGCUUUCUUUCCAAGAGGUAUGGGACCAACAACUCUGA